AUGCAGAAAAUGCAACCUCAUUUGUACGGAAAUGGUGGAAAUAUCAUUAUGGUCCAGGUGGAGAAUGAGUAUGGGAGUUACUACGCCUGUGAUUCAGACUACAGACUGUGGUUACGUGAUUUAUUAAAAGGAUACGUAGAAGACAAAGCUUUACUCUAUACGAUUGAUAUAUGUAGGCAGAGAGAUUUCGAUUGUGGUCCUAUUCCGGAAGUGUACGCGACCGUCGAUUUCGGAAUUUCAGUAAAUGCCUCACAAUGUUUUGAUUUUCUGAAAACAAUUCAAAAAGGCGGACCACCUGUAAACUCUGAGUUUUAUCCAGGUUGGUUGGCUCAUUGGCAGGAACCACACCCUAAAGUCACUUCUGACGCUGUUGUGAGGCAAAUGAAAUCAAUGCUGUCGUUGAACGCCUCGAUAAAAGAGACGCUCGAGAAUGCCAAACAUUCUGGUCCUGUACUAGAGAAUAUCAGCGUUAUAUCGCCGAUUCCAAUGCUUAAAGCAGCCUAUGGUACAUUCCACUUACAACCACUGGUUAGUUUAUUUGAAGAAGUCACUCAUCGGAUCACACCAGUGUUAAGCGCCAAACCUUUAACGUUUGAAAGUAUGGAUAUCAACACUGGGUUCGUAAUGUACGAAACAAUAUUAUUAAACAAGUUCGAAAACCCAGUGAAUCUAACCGUGAACUCUCUAAGAGAUCGAGCAAUCAUAUAUCUGGAUCAAGUACAAGUUGGCACUAUGAAUCGACUAAAAGGAAACACGACUAUAUUUUUAGACAUAGAAAAACAUUCUGCUCAAACACUGAGUAUUUUGGUUGAGAACCAAGGAAGGAUCAACUACGGAGAUUUCAUCGAAGACAGAAAGGGAAUUUUGGGUCAUGUACUUCUUGACAAUAAAAUAGUUGGUCCGUGGAAAGAUGAUGCGCACCCUCUAAAUGAAACGUCUUGGCUUUCUUCAAUCAAACCAGUGGAACAUGUCCAAGUCCCAGCGUUUUAUAGAACACAGUUCACUUUGCCCGAGGACUAUACGAGUACCUUAGAUACUUAUCUGGAUACUUCAGGUUGGACUAAGGGAGUAGCGUUUUUAAAUGACAUAAAUCUGGGGCGAUAUUGGCCACUCGCAGGACCUCAGAUUACACUCUAUGUACCCUGCUAG